UCUCAAUCUAAUACGAAAGUCCGCGGGGCGAUGUCAUCUGUUGACGAGAUGAAGAAAAUGGAGGGUUUCGCAGAACACUCGGAGGAACUUCUGUUUCAUUAACAGUUGCUCUGAUAUUCCGUACGGACGUCGAUGCUGUCAGUACUCAGUAAGGUGCAUCUUCUCUUACUCGCUUUCAAUUCCCGUAGAAACCUAUGAUCACAUCAUGAGUCAGUUACUAUAAAUUCCCUUCGAUAUGACUAAGAGGAAAAACGCAGCUACAUGGGAGCACAGAGAGAACAAUGCUUCCACACCCGUUUCUGUGCACCUUCCUCUGUUUCCUCUGCGCAUCUGCAUACCGUCCGAAUAUUUAUGCAUAAUGUUGCCAGACACAUACAAUAAUGCCACACCGCAAUAGGUCACAUCCCAUUAGUUUGCUCACAGAUGCCGGCGCUUACACUAAUGGACGGUCCUCGCGAGUACCACAGUACCACGUGUGUGUCCGCCUUAUUGGAUGAGGUUGCCAUCAAUUUUUAACGGCCAGCGAUUCCCUUUGUUGGCAGUUCCGAUGGGCGACCAGGCCACAGAAGCUCUGGCAUUCACGGUUUGCAGGACCUCUGUCUCACUUGCGUACCCAGCAUAACACAACAGCACUUCGAGGUCUCCUAAGAUGCCCUGGCCCACAGCGACGUUCUUCCUACUUUUCAACAUGACUCUGACCGGCUCGUACGACCCCUGCAACUUGACUUUACCGUGGACCGUAGAGAGACGUCUUCAUAAGGACUUUGCCGAGCUGACCGACGCUCAGUUCGAGGACAAGCUACGCUGCCCCGCCAACCUUCAUGGCUGCAGCAACGACACUGGCACGUAUCCUGACUGCAAUACAGAUUAUUACCUCACAUGCUCAUGUUCCGAAGAUUGUUUUUCUUACGGAGACUGCUGUUGGGACGUACGCUCCGAAGCCCGAGGCAAACUUCGCGACUCCAGGUUCAGCUGCAUGAAGUUAGAUACCUUUGUUCCAAUGCGUGCUUAUGUGGUUGCUCACUGCAGCCCGGAUUGGCCAACGACUCGUGACGACGCCGUUCGUGCAGGAUGCGAAGGGAAACCACCUACUGACGACGUAUUCUUCCAGAUCCCAGCUACAAAUCCCUCGACGGGAAUCACGUACAGGAAUGGCUUCUGCGCCCUCUGCAACUACGACAUUGAAAACUGCACCUUCUGGAACACUUCCGAGCUCGUGCCACAUGGUCAGCGCAACGAAACUGUAACGGUACCCGCAAAGGACCACUUCGCGGUAGUAGAGAAACCUGACUUUAUAAGAAGCGACACUUUCAGGUAUCUCCGACCUUGCAGCAGGUUGCAGCCAGUAGACACCUGUCAUCGCAGUGCUUCGCGUCACGUGAAGUCGAUGUGCGAGAAUUACUUUGCCCCGAUUAUGGAUGAGGGUGCGUCAGACGACGAUGACCCUGUCGUGUACAAGAAUGUCUACUGUGCUCUCUGUAACGGUGCAAACGUACAAGGCAUGUCGUGCUCGCCAACGGAGAAGUUAGGUUUCCAAGGACCUACCGACAGAUUGUUAGCUGAAACGGCUCCUAAUCUAGCAACCUUACUAAGGCCCGUCGAAAGUACAUCGUGGUGCUAUUCCUUGUACAAAGGCGUAUGUUAUAUCAAGGAUGUGAACUACUGGACCUACCAUGAUGACGACGGUGCUGUCAGGAGCGGUGUUGACUGGGGGAAAAACCAAGAUAUCGCGGAACCCACAGAGGUUGCGACAAAAAUAUAUCUUUCAGUUAUCAGUCUUACCCUCUCGCUUGUCUGUCUCUUUCUCAAACUUGUUUUCUUCUUCUUGAAGAAAGGUUCCAGAACAUUUUCAGCUAAGUGUACCGCCUGCUUAUCCGUGACGUUAUUCAUCACCCAAUUAAUAUUUUUUGUGGCGAACAGUUUACAGAUCAGUGUUCCUGUCUGCACUGCCGUGUCCGUGAUAGUACACUAUGGCUUCGUCUCGACUUUUGUAUGGACAACCCUACUCGCGUACGACAUCUGGCAAGCGGUACUUGUGGUAUCAACGGCACGGAGGCACCGACUGCUCCGUUACUCCGCUAUCGGCUGGGGAGCCCCGAUGCUUGUUAUUCUAGUCUCCGGUAUACUGAACUGGACAGCACCUGAAUCUGCACUGUCACCUCAGUACGGAAUGAGGCAUCACUGCUUCAUCACACAAGCGUGGUCCCACCUCACCUUCUUCGUAGUUCCCAUGGCAACGCUGCUACUUGCGGACAUUGGCUUCUACAUCCACACAGUUCUUCUGAUCAGGAAAACGCGAUCCGAGGCGAACCGAUUCGAUUAUCAGGGGAGAGAAAAGAGCACCCUACUCUUUCUCUUCGUCAAACUCGCCUUAAUCAUGGGGACGGGAUGGUUGUUAGGUCUCAUCAGUGUGUUUGUCAACUCAUUUGUGCUCGAUUGUGUGAGUAUCGUGUUCAUCGGUAUGCAAGGUGUUUAUUUAUUCUUUGGUUUCAAGGACUACAGAGCAUGUUGGAAGGUUGUGCCAUCUAGUGCUAGUCUGUCUGCGCUAUUCAGUACUGCGAAGUCUCGCUCUUCGAUGGACAGCGAGCUGCCUGUCUACGCGGAACACAAAGGUGUCAGCGGAAAAGUAGAAGUCUGCGGUGUGUCCUUUCUGGGACAGGUGACGUACUGUUGGACCCACCGUCGCAGUCAUCGAAGUCCUGUGGAACGAUGGUGUCUCUGGGAAAACCGAAUGCAUGGAGCACGCGACGUAGAACAGCUCUGGUGUCACGGUGCAGUGUGGGUCUCCUGGACUGGAUCCAAGCCCAUCCUAGAGCCGUAGCAAGAAAAUUUAUAAAAGCAGCGUCCCAACAUUUCCUCGCAGGUCUAUGGGCUCACCAACGAGUGUUUUUGCCAAUCCGUUGAUUUGUAAAUCCCCGCUGGUUUCCGAUUGCCGUUAUAGAGUAUGGGAUUGCCGUUAUAGAGUACAGAUCGGAGAUGUUACGUUAGAACUUAGUCACUGCUUUCUCUAUAUAUCUUGCAUGUCCCAGACCACACGAAUGAAGAAAAAUGGCCGUAUCUUUGCCUAUUGUGUGGAAUGCGUUGAAAUGUGGCAGACUUAUGGUUCGUGUCGUCUGUAAAUUUUUGAUGAAACACUUUUUGAAAUGAUAUUAAAUAUUUAUUGAACGCC